GUAAGUCGCUUUGCCGCACUCCAAGCAGCAGCUCCAGGACAUGGCUGAUGUACUGUGUUGCUUUGAGAUUCUCAGUUCUCAAAAUUCUCCUUGAAACUUGGAGCGGUCGAUCUACAGUCCACCUUCUUGAUUCAGCAUCGGAGCACAGUAGCACAACUUGUCACAAUCAUGGUUGAUGCAGAGACGGCUGCGGUUGCUGCGGCAAUCGUCGUGGUUGUCGCUGCGACAGUGCUGUGGAUGCGGCUGAGCGGUAAGCAACUUGGCAAGCGACGCAGCACCAACACCAGUAGCAACACCAGCAGCAGCAGUGCGAUUAACGCAACAGCAUCGGUAGCACCUGGUUCUGCUCGUCCUGUGGUGCACGGCUCCAAUCAUGAAUUGUCGACGGGUGGUGCUGACGACGCUCGGUCAGCCGCACAUGGCACGACGACGACGACGGCGACGACGACGACCGCGGCCUCAUCCGCAGCCACUCCAGCGGCGAUUCCGACUGCGAUUCCGACUGCGACAAGUGCGCCGAUUGCAGCAGCAGCAGCAGCAGCGCCUGCAAUGGAUCGCGCAGAGAAGCUUCGGCAGCAGAUGCAGCGAAUGCAAGAGAUUGAGAUGCGGGAGCAGCUCAUCCGCCAGAAGCAGAUCAACGAGCAGCAGCAACAACAGCAGCAGCAGCAGAAUGCCAGCAAGAAGAAGAAGGGCGGCAAGCAGCAGAAGGGCGAGACCGCAGCCGCAGCAGCAGGAUCUGCAUCGACCGCAGCAGCCGUCGCACAGCCACCGCCAUCCACGGCCACAUCCACAUCCACAUCCACUGCAGCAGCAAGUGCGACAAAGCCAGCUGCCCCAGCCGCAGCCGCAGUCGCAGGCGCCGCACAGCAGCAGCAGCAGCCAUCCCAACAGCCACAACAGCCACAACAACAACAGCAUCAACAGCAUCAGCACGGCGUCGCUGGGAUUGACUCGCGCUACGUGCAGGUACACAAGUGCAGGAUGCGCGCAGACGACCUGCUGCAGGACUUCCGCGGGAUUAUGAGCGGGGCGCCUGCGCUCGACGGCUCGGCCAGCGAGGACGACAUCCGCGGCUUUGUCGCAGCGCAGUACAAGCGCAUCCUCAUCAUUGACGACGCAGUCACCAAGAUCAUGCUCGAGCUGGACAUGAUUGAAAUCUCGGGCGACCAGAGCCUCCGAGACGCCCGCAAGGCCCUCCUGACCUACCUCAACGAGUUUGUCGCCGACGUCGAGGUCGCCAAGAAGGGCUACGGCAGCUACCGUUAAACGAACAAGUCUGGUGUUGGAUUAUAGAUCGAUUGCAGGGUGCCUCGAGACGGAUGGCCGACAAGUGGAAGUGGAUUUCUACUGCUCAACUCUGCUCAGAGCUGCUUUUUGGCUGAGAUGGCUUUUGUUUUUUUGUUUUUUCGUCCCCUUGCCGAUGCUUGGGGCCCUUGUUGUCUUUGUUUUGCUGAUUGUGUAGUUGUGGCAAUGAAUGUCUUUUUUGGUUGUUGUUAUAUGUUGAGACAUGAACAGAA